UUUCAUAUGUUUAGAAUUUAGAUUGUUCUUGAGUUGUAUGCUACUUUUCUUUGCAUUUUUUUUUUUAGCCCCAUUUGUUAAAUCUUUCAUAUGUUUAUUUUUCUUGCCUGUUUUCUGGUUUCCCAUUGUAAUUGGUAGGUGGAUUUUUCAUAUUUUCUUUCUGGUUUUUGUGAAUUGGAAAUAAAAGUUGGUUUAUUUUGUGAAAAGGUGAGAUUUUUAUGUGAGUGUUGAGUUAACAAGCUGAAAAAGAAGAGAUUGGAUAUAGAGAUUGAAAUAGCCGAGUCGAAGUAAUUUGGUAUUGAGGUGUAGUUGAAUGAUGGACUUAAUAUGAGAGUUUCAUUCUUUGGAAGCUACUUAAGAGGAGAUUUUACAUGAUCCGUUUUGAAACCCAAAGACAAGUAUAAACUGGUUUUGGAACUUUGAAUCUAUCUAUUGGAUUACGCUUUGGUUGUGCCAUGGAGACACGUAUCAAUUUCGUGGAAUGGCUUGCAAAUGAUGUGUCUCUGAACAUUAUGAUGCGUUUGAAUGAUCCAGCUGAUGUGGUCCGUGCUGGAUCUGUUUCACGCCUUUGGCGCCAAUUUGUGGUUAGCAACGGAGUCUCUAAGCAACUGUGUGUGGGAAGGUUUCAGCAGCUUUCUAGGAUUGCCCGUAUAACAGAACUAGAUCUGAGUGCAGCAGAAGCAAAAGAUGUUGGGUCUAGCAAUUCCGAGUGGGAGACUCUAAAAAGAGACCAUGAAGUUUAUGCUUCUCUACUUCAAGCUAUUAAAACAUCAAUGUCAUGUCGAAACGAUUGCAUAGGCUAUGCAGUCAGUGCUUCAAGCACGGAUAAUUAUCCAGAUGAAAGUAUUGUCAAUACUUUAAUUCCAGUGGACAUAUAUCUAAAUAGACCUUCAUACUGGUCAAGUAAAGGACACAGUGACCCCAAUGCCCCUGAGACACUAAUUUACAAAUUGAAAGCUGAUCUAUGUGUCAUCACCCAAGUUUGUAUGCAACCUUUCGAAGCUUAUUUCCAGCCCGGCAAGCCCAUAUAUUCUGCGAAAUCUGUUCGAUUUCGAUUAGGCUACCCCAAAUCCUCAAAAGAUGAUAGUGAUAUCCUGAAAAUGCCCCAGCAACAGCCUGCUGAUGACAAGUUUAUAUGGACAUAUACUUCUGAAGAAUUCCCUAUGACACAGGUAAAAUGCUUUCAGCGGUUCGACCUUCCAGAACCUGUGCUUUGCAUUGGUGGGUAUAUGCAGAUUCAACUUCUGGGCAGAGUUCAGAGACAAGAAAUGGACGACUUGUUUUACAUAUGUGUUAGUCAUGUGAAAGUUGUAGGGCGACCUCUCAGCCCUGCAUUUGACGUAGAGGUCCUAGAGCCGUCUCAAGAAUUUGUGUUGAAGUACAAUCGAGAUGGUGUCAGAUCCAUGUUGCAAAGCUUGUCUAAUGGAGAUCAUCAAGACUCGAAUAUGCCUCCAACACUAUCAGAGGAACUUGUGGUUGAUGCAGGCCUUGUGGAGUUUUUUUUACAGAACCACCAGCCUGCUAUCGAACACAUGGAUUGGGACGACGACGACGAUGAUGAAAUGGAUGAAGUCGGAAUUUUUUAAUUUAACAUCGCGGUUUUCUUUUUUUUUACAAGUGAUUGAUGCAUUUGGUGGUCCUUUAAUAAGUAGUUUUGCAGUUCUUUGUGUACUAUAAAAGUUUUAGAGCUGCAUAAACCCUUGUAGAUGAAACUGUAUCUUUUUGGUAUGAUUUGUUUUAGAUGCUUGUACUUUGCUUUUGCAUAUUUUUCAAUAACAAAGUGAAACGUAUAGUUCAGAGUAGAAUGCAAGAUCAACUUAUAAAUCA